AAAGUUGUGUUCUCUUUCUUUGAAUCUCAGCGUGCACCACGCACCACGCAUCUCACUCAGUCUUUGCAAGGGGUAAAUUAAUCACACGCACGCUUGAAGAUGACAAAAAUCAGCGGCCCUCCACCAAGAGGAUCAGACAGGCCUCCCAGGAAAUCAAACAAAGUGAAAAAAGUCAUCGAAAGGCCUCCGAGAACGAUGAUAACUCGAAGCAUGGCCCGGCUUAUUCCCCUCAUCUUUGCCGGCCCCUUGCAGUCGGUGAAGGUGCCAAAAAGCAUGGCCAGGAAAGCUCAAAUUGCUGAUCCAGCGGCAAGUCUUGCUCCUCUGCAGCUCGAGAAAAUACAAAAUAAUACUGAUACAACAACCCCCAUGAAUGCUGGACCAGUUGAGAACAUCCAUGCUGUGGACGAGGAGGCUGGUGCAGUUGUUGAGGAAAAAUUGAUUCAGGAAACUGCCAAAGGAGGAGAAAAUCUUGACGAUAUGUCGGAGGUUGUUACGUCCACCAGCACAAUGGAGCUAAUCUUGUCCGACUUUGAUAGUGUCAUAGGAGAGGGUAGUGCUGCCUCCAACUCUACUGAUACAACCACGGGCGAAGCUGGCGAGUCGCAAUACCAAAUCACCUCUGAUGAAAGUGUCGGUUUCGAGUCUGGAAGCAGCACUAAUUUUCAAAACGUUUCUGGCGCGUUCCAAAUUUUUGAGCAAAAUCUGGCUGAUCACUCCAAUGCUGAAUCUUUCACUGUUGAAGACCACAAGAGCACUGUGUCUGAUGAAGAGGCGGAAGGGGACACCAAAAACGCUGGCCCUUUGCGAAUUUUGAGUAAGUCCAUCUAGGAAAAGAAUGGGAAAGAAACAGAUUUUUUACAUUAAAUUAAAGAUAAUUUGUGUAACUUUUUACCAGGGAGGAGGUUGAAAUUUUGUAUUUGUCCUGAAUAAAAAUUUGUAUGAUUUAAAAACGUUUAAUGAUCAAUUAAGUGCAAAAUUUAAGUAAAUGAGAUGCAUAUUUUAUUGAGUUUUGAGAUCAAUUAUUUGAGGCAUAAUUUGUUUUUGUUUUUUAUCAUAAAUUUUAUCGAUUGUUAUUCUUUAUCAGCUCCAUGUGAAUCAAACUGAUCAUCUUUGUACUGUAAAUAUUUAAAAUAUGAUCAUUUUUCUAAUUUGUGGAACAUAGACCUAAAAAUAUUAAGAAAUAAUAGCAAUCUGUUUCACAACAUACCAAAUAAUGAACAAUAGGAAUUCCUACUAGUAAGGUUCUUUUUCAAGGAGGAGCAAUAAAGCAUUGGAUUUUUUAUUUGCAUUGAAAGUUUAAACUAAAUAAAAAUUAUGAAUUUUCUUAUUUCACAGAAGAAAAAGUUUUGUCUACAUUAUCUUUUCCUCUUUCAGCCAAUAUAACAUAAAAAAGGUAUGAUAAUAAAAUUUAGCUGGGCAAUGUUUCAAUUUUUCUAAUAUUAAUGUCUUGUUGAAGAUUUGGUUUUACAGCCUUUCUAGUUCUGCAACCUGCGCAGCACGGCUGCAUGGCGGGUGUACCUAAUACAGGAAUAAUUGAAAGUCUGCGCGUUGAAAAUUUAUGAUUUCUGUCUAAUUUAUUAACAACAUUAGUGAUGUA